GCAGAAUUUUCAGCUCAUUUUAAGUUUUCCCUUUGUGCAGUUAGUGUCUGUUUUUGAAUAGUAGCAGCCAUGUUCCGUCUUCUGGUGAUUGCCGCCUGCCUGGCCAUCAGUGUCCACGCCUACUCGGACGGUGCCCCCAAGACCGCAUGCCCGGAUUUGACGCCCCAGCACGGCGCCAAGCUGCAGACCAUUAAGCCCCCGUAUAGCUUGUCCGGACCAUCCCAUGUACGCUCUGGCGAGAAACUCAAGUUGACUCUGGGCGGUGAUGAAUUCCUUGGCUUCAUGAUCCAAGCGCGCGACGGCCAGAAUCGCGUGGUCGGUCAGUUCCAAGUGGUGGACGCCGAUCACUCUCAGACCCUGAGCUGCUCAGGCAAUGCCAACACCCUUACCCAUCGGAAGGUCAAUAAGGAGAGUCCCUUGACGCAGCUCACUUUUGAGUGGCUGCCGCCAGCAGGUUACAAGGGAAACGUCAAGUUUAUGGCCACCGUGGUCCAGAGCAGCUUCGUCUACUGGGUGGGUCGCGUGACCAAGGACAUCGAUGUCGAGGAGCCAUAGGAUCUUUUCUCUGUGCUUGUGAUAAAAAAAAAAAAAACGAAAGUUUACCCUAAAUGUUCCGAUUACAAUUGGAGCUAAGUAUUUUUGAAAAAUAAAGUCAACGUUAGAGAGAA